CGAGGACAUAGGACACCAAACGCUGCUCACGUCUAAAAUAUACUUAAUCUCUUUCAAAUAUGGGUCAGGUGCAAAUAAUUAAUGUAUUACUCUUUGGCUAAAGAGAAUGAGUUUGUCAUGUUCUUCUUUGGAAGGUGUUUCUUCGGAGGUUAAUGUACCCACUUAGCAGGAGCUGCUUAGAGUGAAUGCAACCUUGACAUUCAGGUUUCCUGAAGAAUGUUUGCAGGACAGCCGUAAGACACGUGCUAAUACGGCUGCGAUUGGUUUUGGAUUUCUCACACCGGAUACAAGGAUUAAAAACGCACUCUUCCUAAGGGUUUUCAUUGGCCGCUGGCAGACACCGGGGCCUGACCAUGAAGGAGAUCGUGCUGCUCUGCCUGCUGGCCCUGUGCCGGGCCAAGCCCUACGAGCCAAUCAACAUCAUGAGCUUCCUGAAGCAUCAUGACAUCAUGCUGCAGGACGACGCGGCGGAAGACGAUGACGACGAUGACGGCAACUUCCUGUUCCCCUCCAUGAGCGCCCCGCCCCACGAUGAGAGCUGCCCCUUCGGCUGCCAGUGCUCCCUCAGAGUGAUUCAGUGCUCCGACCUGGGGUUGAAGUCGGUGCCAAAGAACAUCCCCAAAGACGCGUUAAUGAUCGACCUUCAGAACAACAAGAUCACCGAAAUCAAGGAAAAUGACUUCAAAGACUUAAAAAAUCUCUACGCGCUGUUCCUGGUCAACAACAAGAUCUCCAAGAUCCAUCCCAAGGCCUUCCGCCACAUGAACAAGCUGCAGCUGCUGUACCUGUCCUACAACCUGCUGACCCAGAUACCCGCCAACCUGCCCCAGAACAUCCUGGAGCUCAGGGUCCACGACAACAAGAUCAGCAAGGUCCAGAAGGACGCCUUCCGGGGCAUGAGGGCCCUGCAUGUCCUAGAAAUGAGCGCAAAUCCUCUUGCCAACAGUGGGAUUGAGCUGGGAGCAUUCGAUGGCAUGUCUACCUUUUAUUUAAGAAUCGCAGAGGCCAAGAUCACCGCAAUACCAAAAGACCUCCCGCCCACCCUGACUGAGCUACACCUGGACUACAACAAGAUUGGAAAGGUGGAGCUGGAGGACCUUUACAGAUACAAGAACUUACUCAGGCUGGGGUUGGGCUUCAACCAGAUCAAGUUUGUGGAGAACGGAAGCUUCGCCAGCAUCCCCAACAUCAGGGAGAUCCACCUGGACAACAACAAGCUCCGGAGCGUUCCCGCAGGCCUGGACACCCUCAAGUACCUGCAGGUGGUGUACCUCCACGUGAACAGCAUCGGCAGCGUGGGCCCGGACGACUUCUGCCCCGCGGAGCGCAGCGUGAAGAAGUCCCCCUACGUGGGCAUCAGUCUCUUCGCCAACCCCCUGAAGUACUGGGAGGUGCAGCCCGCUACCUUCCGCUGCGUGGUGGGCCGCCGGGGGGUGCAGCUGGGCAACUUCAGGAGACGGAAGUGAACGCCUAACCCCCAGCGCCAAAACCCCCACACACACCCCCCACCCCCCACCCUCACCCUCACCACACACACCUAAAGCCUGGUGCUGCAGGGGUCUCACAUCAACGCCGUGCUAGUGUCGAGCCGCCUCCUCCUGCGUAGUUGUUAUGAUGCAGGCAGAGGCCAGGUCGGUGCGGCCUGUUCAGGGCGGGGGGGACAAUAACUUUUGGAACAGGAAGCUGAACCGAGAGGAAAAAAAAAAAAAAAAAAUUUAUAAAUAAAAAAACCCCUGCCGCAAUGUGGCCCCUUCAGCACCAGGAUUAGGAAGUGUCAACCGAGGUUUAAGAGCCUUGAGCAGAGAGAGAGAGAGAGAGAGAGAGAGAAUGGUCUCAAUACUUGAAUAUCUUAGGAGUGUGAAAAAGGAAGGAUAAAUAAAUUAAAUUACCAACCAAGGGGUUAGUCUGCAGGGAUGAAACUUUAAUAGACACAUAAAGAAGCUAGUCUGUUCCAUUUAAGAGAAGAUGUCCAGAGCCUUGCUUCUAAAUGGCAUUUUUUUCCACCCUUGAAAACAGAGGAUCCACCAUUCUUAAGGCGAAUCGAGUGCAAUCGUUACGUUACAUUACUCUCGGACAACUACAUUCUUGAAGUUGACUGUUUUCACGUGAAAUAAAGGUUGUUUGUUUUAGAUACUUUUAUACCUUUUAUACAACAUAAUAACGCUGUACAGGCCGCAGAUACAGUACUUCCUGCUUUGAAGCGCAGACUCCCAAGGCCCCUACGGCAGCCAUUUCGAGCCGGUCGGUGCCUUGCAUGGCAGCCAAUCGCCGUCGGUGUGUGAGCGUGUGCGAAUGGGUGAAUGGAGAAGCAUCAAUUGUACAGCGCUUUGGAUAAAGGCGCUAUAUAAAUGCCAGCCAUUUACCAUUUACCAUUUACCAUUCUAAAUCCAGCAGGUCAUCAGACACUUCUGGAUGUAAAGUAUGCUUCAUUCUACACAGAAGACGUCUGGGCCAACUGUAAUCAGUCACUAACACUAAAAUAAUAUAUUGUUUAAAACCCAGGAAACUAUCCAUCCCUUUGAAUACAGUUCAAAGACAAUGACAAAGUAUUUACAGUGUACACGCAUCCAGGCCAACACAGCCUGAAAUGGUGUUUGAUGUUGUACGAUACCAUUUUUUGACUUUUACCAGCCUUGGGUUAGUUUGAAGCGCGGUAAGAAAGGACUGUUUUCUUUUCAUACCUACUGUAUGAACCAUGGAAAGCCACCUGGACACAGACAGCACUCGAGCAGCCAGUCAGCUUAACGUCCUUAUCCAGUUUCUCAAAAUGACUAUACAGCGCCACCUCCUGGUUACUACGCCACAAUACAGCAAACCUCAGCACAACGCAAUACAGUCUGGAGUGUAGUGUGUGCUGGUAAGAAAAUCAUUGGUUUGUAAAAUAAAAUAAAAAAAACAUGACCUUCCUCUUUUGUAUUAAAAAACACAUUUCACACCACUGCAUCCACAACUGGAAAAAAGCCAAGGAGGUCUCCAUGUGAUGCGAUUACUUUGAAAUUUGGAUUUUUUAAAAACUUUUUGUUUCAGUUUGCAUGCUUAAGUAAUCUAAUAUGUAGUUGUUCCUUUCCCCCUGAAUGUAUAACGCCACAGAAAGCCAUGUGAGUAUACAUGUUCUCAAAUAUGCUUUAAUCUGAAUAUAUUUCAUUGUAUAUAUGCAUACUGUACUUAAAACAAGGACUUGUAUAUUUAUUAUUCGAUCUGAAUAAACGGUUCAAGUUACACUUGUUUUUAAACUGA